UUUUUUGCUGUUUUCGAUGGGCAUGGAGGCGAAGGUACGGUAGAUUUUGUACAAGAUCACCUGCCAAAGAAUUUUGCGAAAGAGUUGAGGAAGUGCCUGAACAGAAAGCUGCGAGGCAGGUUCAGCACAUGCCUGGCCACCGCGCUGAAGCAGGCAUUCAAGUUAACGGACAACCAAUCGGUCCAAGGCACCAAGACUUGCAUGGAUUCUAGUGGUGCGGCGGCUGUCGCUGCCGUCCUGUGCGGUCGCGAGCUCGUGAUCGCGCAUGUUGGGGACUGCCGAGCGGUGAUGUCGGAUAAGCAGGGCAAGUCGAAGCUCCUGACCAAGGACCACACUUAUUACAACAUCGAAGAGCGCGAGCGAGUCGAGAGUAUCGGAGGAAGCUGGGAACACUCUCGUCUCAACUCCAUACUGGGGGUCUCACGUGCGUUCGGCGACUUCUGCUUCCAGACUAGGGCUAAGGUGGCUGGACUCUCCGCUGAGCCGGAGAUCUUCCAGACGAGCAUAACAGACGAGCACGAGCUGCUGCUGCUGGCCUCUGAUGGCUUCUGG